CUAAUGCCUGUCAUAUGACUGUGACACCCAUGGAGACAGUUACAAGGAACAAGAUUUGUUCUUGGAUUUGAAAAGAAGAGACAUUUUGUACGGACUUUAUUUUGGUACAAAAUGCCUCCGACUCUCUUCCAGAAACUUUUUAACAAGAGAAAUGCAUUGUCGUCGCCGCCCCCGAGAUGUGGCAAAGAGCACCCAGCUUUCAGCUGGCCAAUCCCCCAGCUGGAGCCCAGUCAGAUCAGGCUGAUAGUGUACCAGGACUGUGAGAGGCGCGGCAGAAAUGUCCUCUUCGACUCCAGUGCCAAAAAGAGGGGCACGGAGGAAACCCCCAUCACCAGCACCGAGGGCCAGGUGAAGAUGUUCGGGAAAUGCUGCCAGCUCCGUCCUACAGGAGGCAGUAGCAGUUCCCUGGACAGCUCCUCCUCCUCCUGCACAUCCGAAACCAAGGAAACCAAGGAGCAGGGCAUGCGCUUCCAGGGUUCGAGGUGUUCGUCCGAUGUAGUAAUGCUGGGAGAAAUGAUGUUUGGUUCUGUGGCCAUGAGCUAUAAGGGUUCCACGCUAAAAAUCCACCAGAUUAGAUCGCCACCUCAGCUGAUGCUGAGUAAGGUCUUCACCGCCAGGACGGGAGGCAGUGUGUACGGCAGCCUCAACACGUUACAGGACAGUCUGGAGUUCAUCGGACAGGACAGCAACACCCUAAGGCCUGAUCAAAACAUUGGGGCCAGCAGUCUCUUAGGGAACAUAGGAUUUUCUCAGCUCUGCAGCCCUCGACGGGCCUUCUCUGAACAGGGCCCUCUGCGGCUCAUCAAGAGCGCAUCUUUCUUUUCAGGCCACAGUCACCCCAUGGACAUGCCAGGCCGAGGGCUUUACGAUGAGAGAGACAGCGGCAUCGCCAGGUCAGCUUCUCUGAGCAGCCUGCUGAUCACUCCCUUCCCAUCUCCUGGCUCCUCUCUGACUAGCAGCUGUGCAUCCAGCUACCAGCGCCGAUGGCUCCGCAGCCAAACCACCAGCCUGGAAAAUGGCGUCUUCCCCCGCUGGUCAGUUGAGGAGAGCUUCAAUAUGUCUGACGAAAGCGGUGGACCAAGCCUCGGCGUGGCUCGGAAGAAGAAGAUUGCCAUUGGGGUCAUCUUCACGCUGUCCCCCAACUCUGAGGAGAACAACCGCUUCCAGGAAUUCUUUUUCUCCCACUUCCCUCUCUUUGAAAGCCACAUGAACAAACUCAAGAGCAACAUCGAACAGGCCAUGAAGAUGAGUCGGCGGUCAGCUGAUGCCAGCCAGAGGGCCCUGGCUUACAACCGAAUGGUGGACGGACUUAAUGAGUUCAGGAUGACCAUCUGCGACCUCUACACCAUGCCCCGCGUGGCUGAGCCCGUCUGGUUGACCAUGAUGUCUGGGGCGUCUGAGAAGAACCAGCUCUGCGGCCACUUCAUGAGGGAGCUGUCUCUGCUAAUGGAGCAGGCCUCCAAGAACCAAUUCCUCCCUGCGUUAUUGACAGCUGUCCUGACCAAUCAUCUGGCCUGGGUGCCCACCGUCAUGCCCAAUGGGCAGCCUCCAAUCAAAAUCUUCCUUGAGAAACACUCCUCCAAGAGCGUCGACAUGCUGGCAAAGACGCACCCUUACAACCCGCUCUGGGCACAGCUAGGCGACCUGUAUGGGUCCAUUGGAUCACCGGUGCGCCUGUCGAGGACAGUGGUCAUCGGCCGCAGACAGGAGCUGGUCCAGAGACUCCUCUAUGUCCUCACCUACUUCAUCCGCUGCUCCGAACUGCUGGAGACCCACAUGCUGGACAGCGCUGAAGAUGAGGCUAUUGUCAUGCCUGGCUCCCUCAUCACCACCUCCCUGAGGAAAGGAGAGGUGGAGGAGUCGGACUAUGUCCUGGUUACCGUCCAUAAACCCAGUGGGGACUACUUGUCCCAUGGGGCCCACGGCCGGCCGACUGAGGCAGAGGACAACAGCUACCCUUCAGAUAACAGUCUCCAGAGCAGCACGUACACAGACACAGAGGCAGAGCACUGCACCGGGGACACUCCCAAUGAGGAAGAUGAGGAUGAGGCAGAUGAGGAAGACGAGGAGGACAGCAGUGAGAGUCAAGGGUCCAGGAGCAGUGUGCUUCAGGCAGGAAACAGCCAGGGUAACAACUCCGUUAUCAGGACUUCAGAAGCAGCUGAACCCGGGGGGCUACGCAGGCAGUCUAGCAGCCCAUUGGCAACAGAGGCCCGACUAGAGACAGUGCUGCGUGUUGGCUCGGCCUCCUCCAGGGAGCAGGUCUGUGCGCUGGAUCCGGAGACCAAAGGUGACCUGAAACUUAUUGUCCCAUCUAUACCCACGACCCUGGCAAGUCCAUCCCAAACUCCUGUCACCGCAGAGGGUAAAAGCUGGGAGGCUGGGAUGGAUGCAGACAUGGGGAACCAGCCAACUGGAGUGUUGGCUCCUCGUCCAUUGGGGUUCCCUCUAGAGAAGAAGCCCCCAGAUAAGAACCUGGCUGCUGCAGUGCCAGUACCAGUGAUACUGGGAAACACAGUGACGGGGCCCAUGACUUUGACUCUAACAGAAGAGGAGGAGCCUGCAACAAAAGUCACUUUCCUCAUUGGGGACUCCAUGUCUCCUGAGUCGGACAUAGAGAGCCGCAGAAGCAAGGUGGAGGAGGAAUUCAAAAAGCACAAGAAACACCUCAAGGACAAACAUCCGCUUCACCAGCAGCUGCUGCUGCAUCAGCAAGAGCAGCAUCAUAAAGGACAACAUUAUCAACAGCAACCGCAGCAGCUGCAGAGAGGAGCGGAUUCAAAGACCAGCAACACCAGAGCAUCAGAGGACCAAAUCAAACAGACCAAGGCCGCUCCAGCCCUGCAGCGGGUGUCCAGUAAGAUGUCCCAGUGGAGCCCAAACUGUAUGGACGAUUUUGAUGAUUAUUACAACCUGGAUAACCCUGUAGAGACUAGAACUAUAGACGAUGUGGCCAAACGACAGCAGGCCAGCAGCACGGACACUAUCCACAAAGACUUGCUGGACCCCUCGGGAGUCCCUCGGCCUGGUGACUUGGGGGUUCAGAGCUUUCAGGGUGCGGUCAGGGGUCAGGGUUUGGGUCUUUGUUUAGAUUCAGGUAGUGGAGACGUAGGCUCCAGCAGGAAGAGAGAUACUUUGUUGGAUGUCCAGAGGAGGUGCAGGUGUGGAUCUACAGAUUCUUCCGACACCUGCUGCUGCAGGGGCUGUUCGGCUGCGCAGGACAAAGGUCUUCUGUUGUCAGUCCCUGUCCCCCAGGACGGAAGUAGCAACAGCAAAGUGGACCAAAAGUGCAAGGCGGUGCCCGUCAAUGACUGGGAGAUACCACGCAACGAGAGCUCAGACAGCGCGCUGGGGGACAGUGAGAGCGAGGAGACCGAGGACUGGCAGGAGGAAGUGCUGGUGCCCUUCCCUGGGUCAAAGUUGGUGGAGAACUUCUCAAAGCCCAGCAUUGCCAAUUUUGGCCGGUCUCUGUUUGGAGGCUACUGCCCCACCUAUGUGCCAGACUUUGUACUGCAUGGGUUGCCCAGCGAGGAGAAGCUAAGGCAGAGCCUCAUGGCUGAAUUAACUCAUGCUGUUCAGCAUCCAGUAUUGGAUGAACCCAUAGCCGAGGCCGUCUGCAUUAUAGCGGACACAGACAAGUGGACAGUGCAGGUGGCCAGCAGUCAGAGACGAGCCACAGACGUGAACAAGCUGGGGAAGGAAGUCCUGGUGUCCAGCCUGGUUUCCAGCUUACUGCAGUCCACUCACCAGCUCUACAAACUCAACCUCUCACCCAACUUUUGUAUAAUGCACCUUGAGGACCGCCUGCAGGAAAUCUACUUCAAGAGCAAGAUGCUUGCUGAGUAUUUGAAGGGCCAGACAAGAGUCCAUGUGAAAGAACUGGGAAUGGUCCUAGGAAUCGAGUCCAGCGACCUGCCCCUGUUGGCCGCAGUGGCCAGCACUCACUCCCCGUAUGUGGCCCAGAUCCUGCUAUGAGACUGUAAUAGUGAGCUGCCUGAGGAAACCAGACCCGGGUGGUGCCACUCUGGCCUCUCAAACGGCCGUCCAUGCUCCGCAACUGACCCCCGACAUGGUUUCUUGACCUGCGUACCUGGGCUAAGUGGGAUCUUUGCUUGAGCUGAGCCUGAGCAGUGCACAUCUUCAUGGACCACAGCCCCCCCCUCACUACCACUGCUGCUGAAUUUGUUGCAAUGCUGAUGUUGCACCACAGGGGGGAACUAGAGACCGCAGUCCUACAGAUGGAGUGAGGCUCUGCGGAUAACGGAAGUAUCCCUGAAAUGACCUUCUCCUGUUGUUUGAAUGUUUCUUUUAAAACGGGACUCUUUUUAUUUUUGGACACAGAAGCCAAAGACUUUUAUUCUUCUUAUUUUAUUUUUCCAGUUGAGAAGGAAACUUUUAAGAUAUCUACAGUACAAUAACAACAAUGGAUUUUGUUUCUUCUGCUGCUUUUUUUUUUUCUCAGUACAAUCUUAAACUUAGUCAUGUGAAGUGAUGGACUAGAAGUUCAAUGGAAACAGAUUUUUACAAAUUACUUUGAGGUAAAUAUCAUCGAGAACAUUAUCAAUCUUUUGCCAAUUAUGUUAUUUCGUUUGUUAUUUCGCUUAUCGUCAUGUAUUUGUUUACAAGCCAAAUUUCCCUGAGAGAUCUUAAUGAAAACUAUUUUUUCUUCUUUUUUUGGGGGGUCAAAUUGCAAUGCACACCAGGCUUAAAAACCUUUAUUCUGGCCACCGAUGCACGCCGUGAUUUAUUGUUCUUUUGAAAUGGCUAAAAGUGGCUUUGACAUUCUUACCAUAGGUACACCACUACCUCAGAUGUUCAUAUGGGCAGAGGAUGACACACAUUUACAGUUGCCCCAUAGAAAACCCUGAGGUAUACUUUUUAAGAUAUUUUUAUCAGAGGAAUGUCAGUGUCAACUGUGUGCAGACUCUAUGCUGUGUUCUUUCAAAAAAGGGAAGGCUGUUAAAUUCCUUCGGAUGAUCGUUACACACACAAAAACAUGGAACUGGUAUUUUUGCUUCAGAAUGUGAUUUAAGGGAGGAGAAGGGGCCCUUUCUACUGUGGAAAAGCUAGAACAUCCAUCACUUAUGUAUAUUUUAAAACCAAAAUGCUGAAAUAUUUUCACACUUUUAUAGCUUCCCCACCUUUAUACGAUGUUUACAGCUUCGAUGUCUACUGCAGAGAGAGGAGUAGAGGAACACAGUAGGCCUUACAGUGGAUUAAAAUAUAUCAGUUAACACUAUUUUCAAACAUGUUUCUAUGACGGUUAUAUACUCACAAAAACAUGCAAAAUACAAAACUAUAGUGGCACAGUUUUUUUCCCAUGACAUUGACCGAUACAUUUUGGUUGUUUUGCCAUAUAACCAGGGUGCGAUUUGCUAAGCGUAACGGGACGCUCUACUUGCUUUCACAACUUCUGAUUUUUGAUUCUCUCCAGGGUAUAAAGUGUAACCUGCAGCGGGGCUGAUGGGGAAUUAUUUCAUUGUUUUCAUUAUUACUUUUUGAUGAAAAUAGACAAACAGAAAGUUUGACAGCAUUGGAAAGAGAAGAAGAACAUCAAACAAAAAUAUGUGCACAGUAUUAUUGUUGUACUGUGCUUUUAGCCAAGCAAGUUUACCUUGAUGGCAAGGGGAUUGCAGGUAGAGGGACAAAGUUUAAUUUAGCCAUCAGCCAGCUCAAUAAAAUCUCACCUUACUUUACUUUAAAGAUUGGAAUAUGUCUCAGGCUUCUCAAAAGCUUAUUGAAGGGCUUUAGGUACACAGUAUGUUGAACAGUGUUGAGAGUUGUUUAUAUUGCUAGAAAAAGCAGGAAUAAUUGUCAGUGUGACCCUGAGAGCAGUGUUCGCUUCUUUCUAUAAACUGAAAUCGCACCCUGUAUGUGACCCAAGUCUUAAUGGAGAUGUGGCAUGAAUGCAUCACAGGCUUCUGGAGAGCUUGUUUUGCUCAUAAAAUUUAUAUAUAUAAAUAAAUGCUUGUUACUGUAUUGAAGAUGCUCUGCUGUAUCAGCCUACAUUUUGUACAACCCAGCCAUUAUGUUUUAAAAGGUAUGAAUUUAUAUCUGCUCUUCCCACUUUGUAUAUAAAUAAGUUAUUUAGUUGCCCAUGGUAUGUGUAAUGUUCAUGUAAACUGUACAUACUCUUGUUUAUUUCCAUGUAUUUGUACAGAAUGUCUUUUAAGAACUGUCUCCUCAAAUUAUUUUUUUCCCAAUUUUAUGGGAAUGUUGUGCAAUAAAGAUGCCGAUGUUAAGAAUG